GCCGAGAUUCAGUCAUUAUAUGCAACCCAUCGCAUUGCCCGAAACUUGCAACAGAAAGAAAAGUUUCUAUCUCACGAGUUCAAAGAACUCAUCAUCGAUCCGUUUUUACUCCGUUUAGAGAACCCCAAGCUUGAGCCCGGAUUCAAGGACCCUCGCAACUGUCUUGUUUUCUGGGCCAGGCCUCCAGAUCACAUCAUCCGGUUGGUUGUUCAUCUUCAGCAAGCACUCAAACAGGCAGCACCCAGUAAGCACAUUUUCCCCCUUCCGCGAGCAGAGCUGACCGACCGAACCUUCCCAGACCUUUGGCUUAUGCCGACUCACCGGAUGCACAUGACCACGCUCGAGAUUGCCCAUUCACGAUCACCGGCUGAAAUUGAAAGUAUGGUGGCCCUCAUGCGGCCGCAACUCGCCAGUCUGACAAACAUGCCCUUCACCAAGCGCGCUCGUCUGGUGAAGCCUUUUAUAUCCUAUGACCUCUCGGCAUUGGCUGUCUCGUUCUUGCCUGCGGCAGGCGAAGCGGUGCUCUCACCACCACCCGUGGCACCGCACCCAAAACACAUCAACCAUCCAGGUCUGCUGGGGAACGACACGGCGGAAAGUGACACCUACACCUACCACCAUCUGCGUCGCGAUGUCUUUGACGAAGCAAAGUCGACUGGCGUAGAGAUCGGGUCACGUUAUGUUGUUCCCAGUGCCCACAUCACGCUGGGUCGAUAUCUCACACAGACGGACCACGAGACGCCGGAACAGCGACAGAAAUGGGUCCAAGCUAUUGAUGAUUUGAACAAGUGGCUGGAAGGUGAGGUCUGGGAUGUGCAAGAUGGAGAAUAUGUUGGCGAGUGGAUCGUGGGCCAGGAGAGGGGGUUGGAUGCUCGGAAUGGGGCCCUUUGGUAUGGUGGUGGCCGUACCAUCAUGGUUGGAGAAGGCUUCUAA